AUGACAAAUCAGACAAAUAAAUCAACCUUCAACCACCUGGACGAUAUGUCCUUUUCUUCGGUACAAGUCAUCGCUUGGAGUUGUGCUCUUUCGACGGAAGCUGUUGUUAUUGUCGUGGGAAACUUGCUCACAAUGGUACUUUUUGCACUUAAGAAGAAACUACGAUCUAAGAAAAGUUUAUAUCUUGUUUUGAAUAUGGCAUUUGCUGAUCUGUUUCUGGGAGGUAUAUCUCUCCCUACAUAUGUUUACUCCCUGGCUCUUGGUCAGGUUAAAUUUAAUGAACAAACUCCAACGCUUUUUACAAUUAUUUUCCUCGUUUUUGCUCAGGCGUCAUUCAUUACCGCUGCUUUGAUAUCUUGUAAGAGAUUUUACGUCAUCUAUUGGCCGCUGAAGCACCGUGAGACACUUUCUACCCGAGCAUACAGGUUCGUUAUUUUGACGGUGUGGACAUUAAGUAUCCUUGGAUCUCUUUUCACAGUUUUUCUCCUGCAAUUCUCAAGCCUGGUGGCUCUGAAUUCUUUCCUGUCUUUAAUCUUCGUUUCUGUACUUCUAAUUAUCAGCGGCCUCAAUUUUGGUGUUUGGAGAAAGAUUCAGCAACAAACUGUUCCUCAUCACCAAAACAGAGUCGUACAAAGACGGCGCUUAACAAAGACUUUGUUAUUAGUAUCUCUCAUCGCCACGGGUUCUUGGCUUACACCUUUGGUUUAUAACUUGAUAGCCUUUCUUGGAUAUAGGACGUCUAACAACAUUUCCCUCAUAACGUACUUCACCUAUUUCUCCAACUCCUUUAUCAAUCCAAUAGUGUACGCACCAAGAAUUCCUGAUUUCAAAGAGGCUCUCAGUUUGUGCUGUUUUACAAGACACGAAGUGAUGAGCAGCAAAGAAAAUGCAGGAAGGGAUGACAUGGCUGCACAUUUGGCGCCAGUGAUACAGAGACGAACAUUGACAAUGGAUCACAAUAAUUUAAAGCUCACUUUUGAACAGCAAAAUGUAGAAGAUACAAAAUUGUGA